AUGAGCUCUCAGGACUCCCCUGGGCCCCCGUGGGCCCGGCUGGAGAUUACCACCGCUGUGAAAUUUCUCCAGAACCCGAAAGUACGUCAGAGUCCCUUGGCAACGCGGAAAGCCUUCCUCAAGAAAAAAGGCUUGACGGAUGUGGAGGUGGAGUUGGCUUUGCAGCACUCUGGCAGCACAGAGGAGGUCCUGCCACUGAGCCCUGUGGGCCCGUUAUAUCCUGUACCACCAGCCCACCUGGCCCUAGGACCACCCAGUCCAAGAGGCUACAGAUGGAGGGACUAUGGUGCUCUCACAGUCAUCAUGGUGGGCAUCGCCUUUGGCUUUCAUCAGCUCUACAAAAAAUACAUCCUUCCCCUCAUUAUGGGCAGCCGAGAGGACAAGAAGCAUCUGCAGCGGAUGGAGAACAACAUUGCUGCGAUGAGUGGCACGCUGACACAGACAGUGGCCCAGCUGCAGCAGACUCUCGCCAAGGUCCAAGAACUCCUCGUUCAACAGCAGCAGAAAAUACAAGAGCUUUCCCAGGACCUCUCCACAGCACAGGCAUCCUCAGCCAGCAGUCGUACCCUGGACGGUCAGACGGUGGGAGAACUGAAAGCUGAGAUCGCCUCUUUGAAGGGCUUACUGCUCAGCAGGAAGCAGUUCCCCUCCACUCCCACCGUCCCAAAAAUCCCGGCCUGGCAGAUCCCAUUGAAGCCCCCGACUUCUCCCGCUACGAUCCAGGGCAACAGCAGCAGCGACAUCUCCCCCGUCAGCAUGGAGUCGCCCACCUCCUCCCCAUCCAAAGAAGCUCCCCCACACCCAGCUCCGGACACCGCGGCGGGGCUGAACGGAGACGCCUGCUCCACAGCUCUGCGCAUGGAGGUGCAGGGGGAGGAGAAGACGGAGCCAGAUCUGAACCACGUGGAGGAGGAGGAAGAGGAGGAGGAGGAAGAGCUGGGCCUGCAGACUGAGGACAGGAGAGGCGGGGACGGACAGAUAAACGAACAGGUGGACAAACUACGGAGGCCUGAAGGAGCCAGUAAUGAGAGCGAGGUGGAUUAA